AUGGUCAGGGAAGUCAUUGCAUCCUUUUGUCGAGGCUGCACGACGUCUCCAUUAUCUCGGGACGUUAUAGCGAACGCGAAGGUGGAGCAGCUGACGUACGACGACCUAGUUCGCCGCGGCUGCCCACUCACUGGGAAUAAUGGUGUUCUACCUUAUACUCGCACUGGCGUGUCUCUGGCGACCCACGCCUUUGGGCACUGCUCGGAGGAUAUCCAAGCAUUUGUCGCCGUGUAUACCACCCAUCUCCUUUAUCUGGAUGAAACAUUCGUCAAGGACACCGAUGGCCUUCGGGAGUUUAAUAGUCGUCUUAUAUGCGGACAAAAGCAGACAAACCCCACCUUGGAUUCGCUGGUGCAGGUUAUCAGAGACAUAGCCGGAAGGUACGAGGCUACAAGAGCCAACAUAAUGGUCGCGUCUACUCUCAAUUUUGCGACCGCACUUCUCCUGGAUUUUGACACGAAGAACAUGCCGCUUUCUUUUGGCGCUGUCAAUUAUCCUUGGUUCUCUCGAGUUUUAUCUGGCGCAGCUGAAGCAUUUGCAUUCUUCAUAUUUCCUCCUGAGACGCCGCUACCGACAAUCAUCCAAGCUAUUCCUGAUAUCAUGAUUUUCCUGAACAACGGGAAUGAUGUGCUGUCAUUCUAUAAAGAAGCACUUGCAGGCGAAGAGUUGAAUCACAUUUCGCUCUUGGCCGCCGUCAACGAGACCACCAAAACGAAUUCUCUCUCUCGCAUAGCAAGCGAGACAGUUUCAGCACAUAGAAGAGUCAAGAACCUCUUGAAGUCACAUCCGCCUGCGCUGGAGGCAUACAAUGCGUUCAGUCAUGGGUACAUCGAGUUUCAUAUGACAGCGGAGCGUUACCGGCUGCGCGAAAUUGUGUCCGCGGGUGACGAGGUCUUGUCUUCUUAA